GUUUUGAGAAACUUAGACAUACUGAUACUGGCAGUUGUUUGUGUCAUACAACUGCUGAGAUUUGAUCUGAGAGCAGACACUAAACAUGAUGAUUGUUCAAAUUAUCCAUCCUAAAUUCAUUCAAUUCGGAAUGCCAGUAAGGAGAUAUAAAACCUAACAAGAAGCAAGCGCCAAGAUUUCAGUUCCAAGUACAACUUCCACGUUACAUGCACAUGGACAGUUAAUUUAACUAACUUUUUUGUGCGCCUGAAGAUGUAGCCAACUUGACCAAAUGAUCGACCAGCGAAUCCAAAUCUUUGGUCGAACUCCCGACAUCUCCAACGGCCUCCACCGCCGCCCGGCUCAGCUCCUUGGCCCGCUUCCUCUCCUCCCGGCCCUCAUCCUCCGCCAUCAUCUCCGCCAGCCGCCGCGCCAGCUCGGCCGGGUCGGGCACCGAGUUCUUCCCUUGGCACACCCUAACCCCAACCUUGAGCUCCUCCUCCAGCAACGUGGCGUCGAUGAACUGGUCCGCGCCCAUCGGCCACGUCAGCAUCGCCACCCCGGCCACGAUCCCUUCCAGCACCGAGUUCCACCCGCAGUGAGUCAGGAACGCGCCCACGGCGCGGUGGCUCAGUAUCGUCACCUGCGGGGCCCACCCCCGAAUCACCACGCCUCUUCCCGCCACCCGAUCCUCGAACUCCCUCGCCACGUGUCCCGCUCCCCCGCCCUUCACGCUCCACACGAAGCGGACCCCACUCUUCUCCAAUCCCGAGGCCAGCGCCGCCGUCUGAUCCGCCGUUAGCACGGCCUCGCUGCCGAAACAGACGUAAACGACUUUGUCAUCGGGACAGGUGCCCAGCCACGCCUCGAGAUCGGCAACCGAGACGGAGCUGGCCCCGCCCCUAUCCUUUCCGUUACCGUCGCCGCCGGAGGCGGCGGCGGGAGGGAGUAUAGGUCCGACCGCCCACACCCGAUCGUGCCCCAAUUCCUUUUUUAAGUAAUCGAGAUACUUCGAUUCCAGCGCGUGGAACGAAUUGAAAACAGCUCCCCAGCUUUCCAUAUUGGCGAGAAAUCCGUCUUUGAUGAAUUCGGAAACAGGGUCGCCGGCGACGUAGGAGCGGUAGAUCGAGGAUAGCUGGGAGGAAGGCCAAGCGGGGGAAUUGGGGAGUUUUGGGAACGGGAAGGGAGAAUCGGGGUCUUCGGGGAGGACAGGCAUGUAUCGCCAGAGGUAGUUGACGACGGAUAAAGUGACGGCGGCUGAAGGGGAGAAGACGACUCGAGGGAUGCCGAGGUCGGAGGCGAGGCGGUGGGUCCAGCCGAGGAACAUGUCGGAGAUUAUGGCGGAAGGAGGGGAAGGGGUGGACUGAAACCAGCGGAGGAGAGGGGAGCGGAGGCCGCCGAGGGCGGCCAUCAUGAGGAGGUGGACGCCGCCGGGUUUGUGGGAAAGGUUCGGCGGGAAGUCUUUGGCGUUCUCGACGCCGGGAGGGAUGGAAGGGUGGGGAGGGAAAGGGAGGAUGAGGGUCUGGAUGGUGGAAGGGUGGCGGGAGAGCAGCGGCUGGAGGAGCGGUAGGUUUUUAGGGGUGGCGAGGAUUGUGAUUUUGAGACGGCCGGCGCUGCGGGCGGCGAGGUGGUGGGUGAAGUCGAGGAGAGGGAUUAAGUGGCCUUGUGCUGGGUAAGGGAAGACGAGGAUGUGCACUGGUUCGGUUGAUGUCUCGGUGGCCGCCGCCAUGGCUGUUGUGUUGUUUUGGUGGAGGAGGAGAAAGAAGAUAUGGUGGAGCUUGGAGGUGAGCUUGUGGGUAUAAUAUAAUUGGAGAUCCCAAUUUUCUGCGGAUCCCUCUAAUUGGGCAAGGUAAAAGUCAAUCGACUUGAUUAGGACAUUAGGUAGAAAGAUACGAAUUUCGUUUUCCUUUCUCGUACCUGGGAGAGAGAAAAAGGGGAAUGUUUUGGCGAGUGCAACCAAGGUGUUCGACGAAAUGUCCAAGAGAGGUGUUUGUCUCUCAGGAACUCGAUGGUCCUUGGAUAAUUCAGGAGCGGGAAGAAUGGAAUAGACGAUGGAUUUCUUCGAAAGAAUGGAUACUAGAAAUAAUACGACCUCUUGGCAAAGAAAGAAAUCACAGGAAUGUUCUUCACGAAAUGCAGAGUUUGUGCCGUGUGGAAUUGAUGCUACCGCCUACCAGACCAUAUAAGGUAACAACAUGCUAGUUUACUUGUCAGCCUGUGUUUCUCCUUGGGACAACUGAUCAUGGCGAUUGAACUGAUACCCAGUUCCUUAAUAAGGGAGUGUAAAUGUGAUGUGUAUGGGACGACCAUGAUUUCUGCAUUCGACAUGUUCGAAGAAAUGAAGGGGAAAUGUUGCUCUCAGCAUGAUGAAGGUUUCUACAGUACGGCCAACGAAUUAUGACUCUUGUUUGCAUGCAGGCGAGUUCCCCUGAGACAUUUUGAUCGAGUAUGGUGGCUAAAAUCCGCAACAGACAGACAAGCCAUCAACCUUAACAGCCAGUGAGUUCCAAGGAAAGAUCAUCCACAGGUAACAUCAAUUGUUACACAGACUACAUCUAACUUUCUGCAAUUUGCUAUCUGCAAAUUCACAUAGUGGCUACUGGCUGCUGCUUUUAUCCCUACACUGGCAGUAUUAGCUAUCAUGAAGGUACUGGUCGUAGCUGAAAAUGGUGCAAUUCGUUUUUUACUGUUCGGCAUUAACUGAAAAGUGAAAUCAGGAUCCAAAGGCUACGCGACGCGGUUGGGUUGAUAAAAGCAGUGAAAUUUUAUUUUUUGCUUCAAAGAAUCCGUGAUUGGUAUUUGGUACACAACAAGAUAAACUUCCAUUCAUUACUGAGAGGGAAAAAAGACAAUAAACUUCGACAAAAAAGGAUAUAAAACUAUGGUCAAUAAGUCAAUAACUGAAUAUGUAUGAUCUUCUGCAGAGUAGCUUCCUCUGGUUUCUGUAUUCUCCUAUUCCUCCAUGAUGAAUGGUCUUGUUGCGGCAGUUCUCCUGCCUGUUCUUGUUCUGGGUUAUUUCCAUACUUCCAUCAUCUUGCUUCUUUGUGGGUUACUGAUCUUCGUCCUUGGGGUGUUUGUUUCGCGGUAUGCACUGUUCUACAUCAAAGAAUCGGUGGUGGCGAAUCAUCAGCGGCCCCCUAUUGUUGGCCCAAUUUUGAUGCAACUCGUUCACUAUGAUUCGCUCUUCGAUUAUAUGACAUCUCUGGCUAGGAAACACCCAACCUAUCGUUUCCUCACUCCAUCCCACAGUGAAAUUUAUACCGUGGAUCCCGUUAAUGUUGAAUACAUGCUGAAAACCAACUUCGCCAACUAUGGGAAGGGGGACUAUAAUCUAGGAAUUAUGAGCGAUCUCUUCGGGGAUGGGAUUUUUGCAACGGAUGGGGAUAAAUGGCGCCACCAGAGGAAGCUUGCCAGCCAUGAAUUCUCGACCAAAGUUCUCAGGGAUUUCAGUACUAAUGUUUUCAAGGUCAACGCUGCGAAGUUGGUUGCAAAGAUCAGUGUUGCAGCAGCAGCUAUGGAGACCAUAGAUAUGCAGGAUAUGCUGAUGAAAUCAACUUUAGACUCGAUGUUCAAGGUGGGAUUUGGGAUGGAUCUCAAUGCUUUAUCUGGAUCUGACGACCUCGGGCAGCAAUUCGUCAGAGCAUUCGACGAUGCAAAUUCUAUUACCUUCAGGAGAUUCGUCGAUAUGAUGUGGAAACUCAAGAGGAUCUUCAAUAUAGGUUGGGAAGCUAAUCUGAAGCAGAACAUGAAAGUCAUCGAUGCCUUCAUAUAUAAGCUGAUUGAACGGAAGAGAGAACAGAUGAGAAAUGGAGAAACUCUUCUGGGGAAGGAAGACAUACUGUCCAGGUUUCUGUUGGAAAGUGAGAAAGACCCGGAGAACAUGACUGACAAGUAUCUGAGAGACAUAACCCUCAAUUUCAUCAUAGCAGGAAAAGACACGACUGCGAAUUCCCUCACUUGGUUCUUCUACUCCCUCUGCAAACACCCUCUGAUCCAAGAAAAGGUUGCACAGGAUGUCAGGGAAGCUACAACAGCCAAUCAGAAGGGAGUAGUAACAUCAGCUGAGGAAUUUGUGGAGCUGUUGACUCAGGAAGCUCUGGACAAGAUGCAUUACCUUCAUGCGGCUGUAACAGAAACUCUCAGACUCUACCCUGCAGUUCCUGUGGAUGGCAAGAGUGCUGCUGAGGAUGACGUUCUCCCUGAUGGGUUUCGAGUGAGAAAGGGAGAUGGAGUCACCUACAUGGCUUACCAGAUGGGAAGAAUGACUUCUAUUUGGGGUGAAGAUGCAGAGGAGUUCCGGCCAGAACGAUGGCUGGACGAGGAUGGCCUGUUCAGGCCCGAAAGUCCCUUCAAGUUCACUGCUUUUCAGGCGGGACCUAGGAUCUGCCUGGGGAAGGAGUUUGCUUACAGGCAGAUGAAAAUCUUCGCAGCAAACUUACUCUACUUCUUCAAGUUCAAGCUGGUGGACGAGAGCAAAGAAGCGACGUAUCGUCUCAUGUUCACGCUUCACAUGGAUGGUGGCCUCCAUUUGCUUGCCCUCCCUAGGCUCCACAGCUGAUGAAGAACAGCUUCGGAAACUACCCUGGAGUUUGGAGUUUUCAUUGCUGCUUUACAUUUCAUGUCUGUUAAAAAAGUAGUCUUCCUUUCCUAAUUGUCUGCAUUUUAAGUUGCUCGAAUACUGCAAACAAGUGACAGAUGGGUCGUAUUAUUAUACAUGCUAAGCUUCACAUUUGUCACUUUGAAUGCCAGUAAUAAGGGUCAUAGUGGAGGCCAAAAGACGAUAUCAAUGGCACACUUCUAGACUCCAAAACCCUAAUCAUCACAUUUCGCCCACCAACAACUCCCCUUUUGAGCCUAUGAAGCCUUUUGUACCCAAUUGUCGUCCCAUUAGCAAUCUUCUCUCCAUCGACAUGAAUCUCAUAACGUUUAAUCCUCUGCCCCAAACCAAUCGCCUCCUGAACUCUAAUCACGUUAAAUUUCAACGACGACCCACCACUCGAAAUCUCAAUCCAGUAAUACCCAUCUCUUUCUUCUCUACCGUCGGGUGCCCAAUACGUCCACAAAUGGUCCUUGUCCAGCACAUUCUCCGGCGCGAACCCGCCAUUAUUUCUCCCUCCCCUGCUGCUGCUAGCUCUGACAGAGCAUCCUUCGGCCAAGUUGGUGGAGAAGAUGGUGUCGAUUGCGGUUCUGAACUCUCGUAAUCUCUCGACGUCGGAAUCGGGGAUGAGUCCGGUGGUAUUCGGGGGAACGUUGAGGAGAAGCAGGCAGUUCCGGCCGACGGAAUGGUAGUAGAUUUCGAGCAAUUGGGUGAUGUUUUUGGGGGAUUGUGAUUUGUGCCAGAACCACCCUGUUCUUAUGGAGACGUCGCAUUCUGCCGGCACCCAAUCUGUUCCUGCCGGGUCUCCGGUGUUUAGAUAGUCAAGGUUGCUUCCGUUUCCGAUGGAGAGCGCCGUCCGGUUGAUGGUGGACCAGCAAGUGGUUCCGGCGAACCCAUUUUCGUUGCCGACCCAUCGGACGUCGGGGCCGGCGUUGGAAAAGAUAUUCGCGGAGCUCUGUAACUCCUUUACCAUGGCGAACCAGUCGGUGAAGUCAUACGACAUGUUCGGCGCGUUCGAACCUUUUGCUCCGUCGAACCAUAUCUCCUUCACACUCCCUUACUAAUUUUAUUUUUGCUUUCUCUUCUUCAUUUUUCA